GGGUUCUGAAGCAGCUGACAUGAGAAAGCGGCAGCAGUCACAGAAUGAAGGAACGCAGGCUGUGUCUCAAGCGCCUGGAAACCAAAGGCCCAACAAUACCUGCUGCUUCUGCUGGUGCUGCUGCUGCAGCUGCUCCUGCCUCACUGUCAGGAAUGAGGAAAGAGGAGACUCUUCUGGGAGACCGCCGCACACCACCAAAAUGGAGAGCAUCCAGGUCCUAGAGGAAUGCCAAAACCCCACUGCAGACGAAGUCUUGUCCUGGUCUCAAAAUUUUGACAAGAUGAUGAAGGCGCCUGCGGGAAGAAACCUAUUCCGAGAGUUCCUCCGAACAGAAUACAGCGAAGAGAACCUACUCUUCUGGCUCGCCUGUGAAGACUUAAAGAAAGAGCAGAACAAAAAAGCCGUCGAAGAAAAGGCCAGGAUGAUAUACGAGGAUUACAUUUCUAUACUGUCCCCGAAAGAGGUGAGCCUGGAUUCUCGAGUGAGAGAGGUGAUCAACAAGAAUCUGCUGGACCCCAGCCCUCACAUGUACGAAGAUGCCCAGCUUCAGAUCUACACCCUCAUGCACAGAGAUUCUUUCCCAAGGUUCUUGAACUCGCAGAUCUAUAAAGCUUUUGUCGAAAGUACUUCCAGCCCUACUUCUGAAUCCUAAUUUCCAUUUGAAAGGCCAAAAAAAAAAAAUCAUUUCAGAGGGCUGGGAUGGGAAAUAAAAGUAAUUAAAUAACAUCAGAAAUUGAGUUCCUGAAAAACCUACAGGUUGGCUACUGGGAAAAGACAACCGGGAAGGUCUUUGGUCUCCAUUUUUUAUCAAGGUUAUCCAUGAUUCUGUUUGAAAACAAACAAACAAAGCCUAUGUAAGACAAUGAAUUGCCAAAUUAAGUUUGUUUGAUUCAACACUUGCUCUCCUUGCAAGCAAACUGUGUUCCUAGUCCUCUGAGCAAUCCCCUAACGCAUCUCUAGAGGCCGCAUGUGCAAAGUAAAACCGCUUCGUCUGCCCUAUACGUAUACUAUUAAAUCAGUAGCAUACCUUGUCUCUGUAUUUAAGGACUUUUGUGCAAUAUGGUCUCUUAGAAACAAUUGCCAACAAACUGGCCGUGGUUUGCAUUUUUUUAAAGCAUAAUCUGAUACACACAAAGGCUAUUUUAAACAUGUAACCGUGAUAUUUAACCAUGCUACAUACUGUGUUUAGUACACGAACUCUGAAGCCAAUUUUUCUGUUCAUGUUAAAAAAAAGUAGCUGUUGAAGGAUCUUAAUGUGUGAGCCCUCUGGUUGUUCACUGCCCAAAUUCUGGCAUUUUUGUUACAGAAGAGUUUGAUAUAUUAAAAAAAAAAAGAAAGAAAGAGAGAGAGAGAAGAAAAAGAAAGAAAG